AGGCGUCACCCUGCGCCCCGCGCGCGACGGUGAUGGCGGUAGCGCGCUGCGGCAGCGCCGGGCGCUCGGCGGGGCGGUGACGUUGCGCGUGAGGCGGAGGGCGGGGAGGAAGAGGAGGAGGAGACCCGGGCGCCUCCGGGGCUGAGGCAGCCGCGUCCCGCCGAGGCUCCCGCUCGUGUCCUGUCCUUCCCCCCCCCCCCCCCCGCCCCGCUCCCGGCGGCUCCGGCAGGCGAGCGCGACUCUCCUGAGGCCGCGAUGCGCUCGGCCUGAGCGCUCCCUCGCCGCCCCGUCUGGUUUGGGCCUCUGCGGGGCCGGGGGCCGCGAUGGCUGCGGGGAGCUGGCAGGAGACGGCGGGCCAGCAGGCCGAGGAGGCGGCGGCCCGGGUGCGGGACCUCCUGUCCGGCGGCCUGGGCCUGCUGCGCGCCGAGUUGGGCCUCGAGCUGGGCCUCGACCCGCAGGGCCUGCCCACCUGGCUCGCCCUGGUGGUCCCGGCCGCGCUGGGCCUGGGGCUGCUGGGGCUGCUGAUGGCCGUGGCCUGCGGAGGCGGGCUCCGUAAGAAGCCAGCGCGGAGCGCGGCGGAGAGGAAGGGCGACGAGGCGGUCGGCGCGGGCCUGACAGCCGGCGGGGGCCAGGGCAAGGCGGUGGGCCCGGGGCCCGGGCAGCUGCACCUGAAAGGCGACGAGCAGAAGAAGCGAAACAAGAAGAAGCUGCCGGAGAAAACGGCGCGGGUGAGGGGGCCUGCGAGGACCGCGCCGCUCGGGAGGGAAGGGCCUAAUGGACGGUCUCUCCUUGAUGUAUCUGAGGAUGAAGUAAUACAAACGGUCCGUAAAGAAAAUAUAAAGCAGCCUGUGGACACAGAAAAGAAGAAUGAAAAGUCAAAGAAAAAAAAGAAAUCAAAGGGAGAUGCUAAAACAGUUCAGGAUACGUCACGUCUAGAUGGAAAAGAAGUUGAUGAAGGAACCUGGGAAACUAAGAUCAGUAACAGAGAGAAGCGACAGCAGCGUAAGCGAGACAAGGUGCUGACUGAUGGUGGCUCAGGAGAAUCAAAUCUCCAAGGGGUGGAAAAUGCAGUUACUGUAUCCAUUGAACAACUCAUGCCUACACCAUCGCUUCCAGUUGGUCUCAGAAAAAGUAAAGGUGAUACACUUCUGAAUGCACAAGUUAGCAGCUCUAAGCCUGCAAAGGGGGAGUCAUCAAUUCCACAAGUUUCUCCAGGAUUGACUGAAAGCCAUACAGUAAAUGGAGGAAGCUGGAAUGAGAAGUCUGUAAAAAUGUCCUCACAGAUUGGUGUAGGGGAGGAGAAAUGGACAUCUGUUCCUUCAGCUGCAGCUGGGAAGAGGAAGACUGAGACAUCAGCUUGGGGCCAAGACACUGGAGAUGCUAAUGGAAAUGGAAAGGACUGGGGUGUAACCCUGGUGGGCAGGCCCUGGAAAGAGCGUUCUUUGUUCACUCCUAUUGCUGCUUGGAAUGUGGAUGCAAGGAUUAAUACCUCUGAACAGAAUUCUACUUCUUUCUCUUCAUUUGGAUUAACUCCUGGAGUUUCUGGAUCCAACAAUGAGUCGGUUUCUCAGGCUGGUACUUCUGAUUUUCAGUGGGAUUUAAGUCAUGCUCAACCCCCUGUUGAUGACGAAUGGUCUGGGUUAAAUGGACUUUCUUCAGCUGAUCCCAGCUCUGAUUGGAAUGCACCAGCAGAAGAGUGGGGAAACUGGGUAGAUGAAGAAAAAGUUGCUUCUGUUCCUCAACCUGAAGAGAUAUCUGAUGUUCAGAAGGCUUCAGACAAUGAAAGAGAAAAAGCAGAGCCAAUUCUUCAGAGUUCUACAAGUGGCAAAUCCAAGAAAAAGAAGAAGAAAAAGAAGAAGCAGGGUGAAGAAGCUAACUCUCCUGCACAGGACACUGAAGAACUGGACAGAGAAGCUGGAGAGGAAUUUCAGGAGGAUACCUCAAAAGUUCAACCACAGCAGGAAAUAGCUUUUUCUUUGAAGACCAUAAGUACUAGUGAACCAGCUAAGCCCGAGGAGGCUCCUUCGCUUGCUGUUUCUACUGAGCCAUCUGUAAUUGUAUCAGAGAGCGAUUCUGACAAGAUCGCUUCCCAAGUGCCACAGAUGCUGCAAGAGACAGAUGUUUCUAGUCCCAAUAUUAAGCAAAACAGUGUGCCUCCUCCACAGACAAAGUCUGAAGAAAGCUGGGAAUCUCCCAAACAAGUUAAAAAGAAGAAAAAAGCAAGAAGGGAAACGUGAACUUCCUGAGAUGGACAUGUGUUGCUGAAUACUGUCAUGAAGAUUAUGCUGUUUAUGCAAUAAUUUGUGAACAUGUACAGAAUUUUAUAUAAAUUUAAAACAAUUUUUAAAACAGAACUGCUGUGAACACAAACAUCUUUAAAAAGGAAUCAAAGGAAGGUAACUUUAUGAUAUAGCAUACAGAACAUGCUACAUUUGAAAGACAUUCUGAAGAGUCUGUUUUUCCAACUUUGGAGAGAGAUCUUAAUUAAAAAAAAAAACUGGUUUUACAACACAGUGCCCUGUUUACAACAGAUUAUACUCUCAUCUACAGCUGCGGAUAAAAGAUUAACUUCAAGGAAGGGUUUUCUGUAAAAAUAAUUGUCUGUACAAUAGUGGGUGUUUCUUGCCUCUCUUAUGAGUGAUGCAUUAGGAGCACAGAAUGUCAACCAUCUGAAUUUGUUUCAUGCCUAAAUCAAAGUGCUUUGAUUAAAUACAUAAUCUGCCAUAUCUUUACAGUAAGUUGGUUAGCAAGUAUGCUAGCUAUUACAGGAAUCACAAGUGCAAAUCAUUAACCAUUUGUACAGUCAGACCUUCACGGUUUAUUAUAUGAAGUUAACACAAUAAAACUGCUUUGGGUUAAAAGUUUGAGAAUGUGAUUUGAAACUUGAGUAUGGGUCAUGAAGUUAUUUUUGAUAAUGUCUAUUACCUUACUUGAAUUGUUGAAGAUAACAGUAUAUUUUUAAGAAUGCAGUAAUGUGCAUACAAUUGGUUUUCUCCUUCAUUCCCUACAGUUCUUGCUUGAUUCAGACUCCUAUCUAAAACUGUAUCCUUUCAAGUUUUAAACUUAUGGAAUAAAUUGAAAUUAAACCUUCCCUUCCCUUAGCACUUUUUAACUUGCCGUCCCAAAUUCUGUUCUGCCAUACCCAAUUCUGUUCUCUAUUACUGAAACUCUGAAGAAAGCAAAGCGAACUUUUUUCACUUGCAAAUUAUUUGGGAUUUCAAAGAUCUGUUGGAGAACUGGAGUGGCUUCAGACAGCUUUAAUUGACAUUGUCAAGACCAGUUAUCAGGAACACAUUUUUUUACUGCCUUAACCUGUAGUAUGUAGAAUGUGUCUAGACUUCUGGACAGGAGUUAGCUUUUUUAUAUAAAAAAAUAAAAAUUCAUGCAAGCAUAGCAGUUGUAAAAUAAAGACCAUUUCCUGCUUGGAACUGUUAAUUAAAAUGGUGUUUAAGAUGUGUUGUCACUUUCAGGCACUGUGUAAUUACAUGGUAUCAAACUGGCAGAUGUGUUUGUGUCUGUAAGGUGCAUGCUCAGCCAUGUACACUGUAAAUAGCCUUUACAAAAAUUUAUUUGAUAAGGAUGAUAAUUAGUGUCACCUUGUAAAUUCAGUUAAAGAGCCAAGAAUUUUUUUUUAAAUGAUUGACUUCUGGUUUUUGUGGCACAAACAGAAUUGUUAACAGCUGUAACACAUGGUACUGAUCAACAAUCUUGUACUCUUACUGUAGUUGACUGCAGUUCAACAGUAUCGCAAGGCGAGAACAGUUAAUGCAGCAAGCUGGUUUUAAUUGUACUGAAAAUGUACCUUGCUAAUGGAGAGCUUUCCUAAUAAAUGAAUACUAACUUGCACAGGUGUUAACUCCUGUAUAUCAGGAACAUGUGACACUAAAUUGAUUUGUUAAAAUAAAUUGAGCAUAUUGACAGUAUUGAUUUAUUUACUGGGAGGGAGUAAAGUCUGAGACGGAUACCUGUCAAGAUUCAUGUAAAAUAAAUUUAGAACUGAAGUACAAGCUUUUCAAGGAGCAUCUGAAGGCAAACGUAAAAACAGGACAUUACAAAAUCAUGCAGAGUCCUUUGCAUGUAAAUAAUAGUAUAAUUUUACUUGUAUUCUUCAUAGUAAAGGUUAAAAAGAAUACCCUUUGAAUUCAGAUUUGUAAUGUAUGUCCAAAAUAUCUGUUUCCAAUCUGUAUGUUGUGCUACGAGCCUCUUUUGUAGAAAAUAUGAAGACUUUAUGUAAUGAGAGACACUGCCCCCAAGGGCUUUCACUGCAUAAAUUCUUUUUUUCCUCCUUGAAGAUAAAAUUGGCAAUAUUUCUGGGUUAGUAAGCUCUAGCUCUUGAAUAGCUGGUCAUUCUGGAAAAAAGAAACAAACUAACAUAGGAACCCUGCUAAUUAGCUGCUACUACUAAGCAGGAUCAUAUAAAUACAUAGCCUUCCUUUAAAAAUGUUGUUACCUAUUUAGCACCACCUCUUACUGUUUUCUUAAUGUGCAGUUUCAAUGUCUUAGAAAGCAAAACUUGCUUUUUGACAUUCAUUAAAGAGGUAGUAACUGUAUAGCAUAUUGUCUAUAAAUAGAAACUUCUCUAUGUACUGUCAUGUUUCUGACUCAAGCAGUGGUUAGUCUUAAUGAUACACUGAAUCCAGACUUUGGUACUUGGAUAGAAAGAGAAAACACCAUUUAAAGAAACUUAAUCAUUUUUUUCUUUUCUUUUUUUUUUUUUUGUUGUCAAAUGCAUGGAACGGUUUCAUAAAUCCAGUAUGUUGGGUUUUUCUAAAUACUCUGGAAUUAUUUGUAUGCGUAAUUUAAACUUGUUGUGAUGAUGUGUAAUUGGAUAGUCAUGGCAUAUUUUUAUUUCUUUUGUGGGGAGGGAAAGGUGUACAGAGCUCACGUGCUUGUUAUGAAGGUAACAACUGUGCAUUCGUUUGGAGGGGGAUGAAAACUGUAUUUCUGAUGCCCUUUUAGAAGUCUAAAAGAAAAAAGUGCAAGAGAAAAGCACUACUUUAAUAUUUACUAAGAAAGAAUGUACAUAUUAAAAACAUUUCAAACUUUAUAGAAAUACUUCUAGUACUGUUGUGUUGUAA